AUGGUGAUUGGAAUGUGCAAAUUAAAAGAUCACCAGAAAAGCCAUACUAGUGAGUCACCUCCAAGACAAAAGGUACAAUAUGUCAUUGUGCAUGUGUGUUUUGGGAAUGUGUAUUUGGGUUUUCCAUUCUUAAUUAAUUACUUUACAUUCUGCAUUUUCUAGAGAAAGAGGCAUGAUCUUGUAAACCCCUUUCUCAGGUACAGGUAAUUUGUGUAUUUGACUAUUGGUAAACCUGGAACCAAUAUUUUAUAUUGUGAGUGGAACUUAUAUUACUAAUCAUAAAACUAUCCCUGGAAUCCUUAUGGAAGGUGGCAUUCUGGGACAAGCAGACAAGUGAACCUGCAUGCAUUUACCUCAAUGCAUUUUAGUUGCCAUCCAUUUUUGUAUGCAUGGGGUAAUUAUAUACAUUUUGGUUUGCCAUGCUCAAGGCAACCAUUUCAGUCAUAAUAAGCUUGUUACCAUCAUAUCAAGAUAAUCAAAAUGAAUAGAUGGAGAGUUGCUACUUUCCACAAAUGAAUUACUUGUAGACUAUUAAAUGUCAGAGCUAUAUAUAUAGCAGCUGUGAAGAAAUUAUGAAUAAGAUUUUUUACUUCAGAUAAUGGUGCUGGCUGCUGCUUUUCCAAAAUUGGUAGCUGUUUAUACCAUAACAUGGUUAUUCUAACCAUAUUACGUUUUCCCAUUUUAUACAGUGAUUCUGAGACUGAAAAUGAUAGAGAGGGAGAUGAGAAUCUUAAAACUGACAACAGUGAAUCGGAUACUAAAAAUGAUGUGGAAAACAUUCUAAAUGAUGUUUGUCCUGAUGCAAGUACGUCAGAAAUAAAAGUUGCUUUACAAGAAUGCAAUGAGGAUGUCAACGCAGCUGCCCAACAACUUUUAGGUAUGACAGAUUAGAGUAUUUACUGUAUAAAUUAACGUGAAAUCGAAAUGUUCAGCUGCAUUAGUUUGUGUCAAGCUAAAGAAUUUUAAGGAUCUAGUCAUUGGUAUAGUAUGCAUGAUACUAUAUGCUAAUGAUGUUAAUGAACCACAGUGAUAUCACACUGUAAUCUUCCUGCAUCAUGAGGUGGAUAGGUUGCACUGCAAAUAUUUAAGGAUCCUGUGAGAAAAUGAAAAAUUAUCUGGCUCAAAAUGGAGUUGAAUAACCAUAUUAUAAGUUACUUACAUGUUGCUUUGUCUGACUAUGUCUUAGUUAGCCAAUCCACAUAUGAAAUUUAUAAGUGUCAAUUAAUGCAGUGCGUGAUUUGUUCAAAGAUUCUAACUACAAAAUAAAGACAGAUACAGCUGCCGUUCUGCAUGGCAAAUUUGCCCUUUUCAAUUUUCAUCAGUUCUGGAUAGAAUCAAUUUCCAAUGAACCCUUGGAGGUUGAGAAUGCUAUGAGACACUUAAGUUGCAGUAAUCACGGACUACAGUAUUGUCAAGACAAUGAGCAUUCCAUCAGAAGUUUUAAAUGAUGACUAAAAUAGUAGUGAAAACGUAUGAUUAUAAAUUUGAUUUAAAUAUAUAAGUUUUUCUCAGUUUCCAUUAUCUUUUAAGUUUAGUUAGAUACUAUCCUUCAACUUUCAAACAUUCUGUAUAUAACACUUUAGGAAUUCCCUUAAUUGUUAUUGGUGAUGGAGAAAACAGACCAGAGUCUUCCGCAUCAUCAAAUAUAGAUACAUGUAAUCCAAUUUUCCUGUCGGAUUUAACCCCAGAAGCUGCUGUACUUGAAUUUCAAAAACAAAAAAUUGAUGAAGAUCUUCCUAAACAACGAUUUACUGUGUGCCGUGUUGAUGGUAAAAGCGAAUUAAGGAGAGACAUAAUUAGUAUUUACAAAAAACCUGAUUUGAAGCUAUGCGCAGUUCCAAGAGUAAGGUUUGAGGAAGAGGAUGGCGUUGGCAGCGGACCUGUGAGAGAAUUCUUGGUUCUUGCCAUGGAAGUUGUGGAUGAAGGGAUUCCCUCUGGCUCAGGACGAUCCAAACCUUUGAUAUUCUUUGAAGGACAACCUGAUCACCGAUUGCCUAUUCAUGAUCAAUCACUUCGAUUAACAGGAACUUUUAAGGCGUUGGGUCGUAUAAUUGGUCACAGUAUCCUGCACGGUGGUCCUGGAAUACAUGGUUUGUCACCUGCUGUUAAACACGUUUUAACAUCUGACAGUGAGACCUACCAACCUCCUCCAAUUGUCCCUGAAGACAUAGUAGAUAUUGAUUUACGCCAGAUGAUAGUACAUCAUGUGAGUAUAAUUAAUUGUAAAACAUUGUCAUUGGGGGAGCAAAAUACUUGUUGCCUCAUUUGAGUGCAAUAACUCUCGUCUGUACAUGUAAUCACUAGCUCAUUCUCCUUUUCCCCCUCUUGUCAUUUCAGUUGAAUGUAACAUCAACCAAAGAAUCCCAAACCCUUGUCACAGCUUCGGAGAAAGAGGAAUUAUUGCAAUAUUUUUUGGAAGCUGGCAUCGAUCCAGAUACGUUUCCGACUAACCGUGAAUUGGUAAUCCAAGAACUAAUGAUGUUUCAUGUUAUUGACAAAAGAAGACUUCAAUUAAAUGAUAUUGCAAAAGGUAUAUACUGUAUAACGAUCAUACAUAACAUGUGAAACUUUAAUUUACCCUUGUUAGUAUUUUUUAUAACAGUCAUUUUGAUAUGUGAUUAUUUUUUCUGUGUUGGUGUUAUGUACAGUACUCAGGUGAAUAUGAUGCUUGUGAACUUACUCUGAGUGUAUAUCCACACUGGGCAAGCUUUAAAAAUAUGCCUUGCCACGGUGAGAAUCGAACCUACAACGUUUGGAAUACUAUCCCAAUGCUCUGCCGAGCUACGCGGCCUCGGGAACUAGACUCGGUUCCCACCGAAAUAUCACAUACUCAAACCGACCUGACUGCAUAGCUCAGUUGGCAGAGCAUUGGGCUAGUAUUCCAAAGAUCGUAGGUUCGAUUCCCACCGUGGCCAGGCAUAUUUUUCAAACAUUGCCUGGUGUGGGUAUACACUCAGAGUAAUUUCACAAGCAUCAUGUGAUGUAUAUUUCAGAAUUAACCACUACUGGCGAAAUUAGAUGUUAAUACCAAAGUUCACUAGAAUGACAUUAUUAUCCGUGUGAUAUUUUUUGCAUUUCUUGUCAGUAACUUGGUGAAUCAUAUUGUACAAAUUAUUUCAAUUACUACAGGAAUGGAUGAAGUUUCCCUGACCACAUUUCUCAUAAAAUGCUCUUCCUUAUCCAAGUUGGUGUUUCCUGAAGAAAAUGAAAGGAUAAUUAAAGCUAAAGAAGUGAUCAACUGUUUGCUUUUUCAAGAAAGAGAAGAAAGUGAAGCCAACCAAUUAGCAGCAGAUUUCUUUCUUCGUUAUAUAGAGGAAAUUGAAAAAAAGCAAGAAGGUACUGUAAUUAGAGGCAGACCAUUAGAAAAGGGUUUUUUAUUACUUAUGUCAAUAAUUGUCCUAUGGCUUACUUAUGUCAAUAUUUUUUUAAAAUAUAUCCCUUGCAUUAUUUUUUUAUUUCAAUUUACCCUAUUGCAAAGUAUAUGCACAAAUGUUUUUUCAAACUUUAUUUGUGUACGAUUUCUUUUCUUUGUGUUUCCCCUGCACGAUUGCCCCCCCCCCCACAUCACUUUUCUAAUGGUCCGCCCCUAACGUUUAUUUGACUAGCAGUCAGUCACUAAAAAAUCCAACAAUGAGAAUAACUUAGAACUGUUAUCAUAACUUGCUUGGACACAACUUUCAAAUUUUACUGUAGACGGCGCUGGUCUGGUUGAUCUGAUCCAUUUCUGGACUGCGUGCAACUGCCUCCAACACAAGGCAAGAUCUCUUUUGGUAAAGUUUGAUGGGAACAACAUUGUCUUACCUUUAUCUGAGACCUGCUUCAAGACCAUUGUACUUCCAACUAAGCAUUCAUCAUUUGAGUCCUUCAAGAAUAGCAUGGACAUGGCUUUAAAAUUCGGUGCACACGGAUUUGUCUUUAACUAA